AAAAAGCACUGGGAGGCUGUUGUACGGGAGAGAAUUGUCAGAAGACAGUUUCGAUCAUCUUGUGACGUUCAAGGCGUCCGCGGUGUUUUCCUGUACAUAGGGCGGAAGACAAGGCCUGUCCUGGAGAUAUGUAUGGGAUCCUUCACGUCUCUGAAAGUGGCCUCAUGUUCAAUCGAUGACGUGAUGAAACGUGUGCGUUGGCGCACGAAGCUGUUGAUGUAUUACUGGAGUGCCACUGCAGAUACCAUUACGGCAACACGCUAAUUACGUGUGGGAACCCGGCUUUACUGCGGUAAAGUUCGAUGAUUUAUUGCAUCUAUAUACACAGACUGAUGUGGACUAGCUCUUGUCUCCUCUAUUCUGUGUGUAAGAAUGGAGACAAAUUAUCGAACUGUUUGCUGAAUCCAGCGCAAGAACCCGUUUGUCACAGAAUUUAAGUUGGCUGCAGUGACGUAGGAUGUAAACAAUAACAAGCGCUUUGUUUUGAUCUGGAUUGAGUGUUUUGGAUGUGUUGUGAUCAGGUGAUAAGUGAAAUUUAGAUUUCUGCUCUGUGCUGAGUGUUACAUUGUAUUCAGUUGUAAAUAUGGCUUGCGUUUCAUUGGGUAAACGUUUGAUAGAAACAAUGCUGAUCAACGAAGGACGGAGAUUCAGCGUUUUGAAAAGGUUGUGUAUUCCAGCAACACAUUCAAUUAAUAAUAAUGGACUGCGUUUUGAAGAUACUGAAUCAAGUGCACGGAUGGAAAGUAAAACGACUCCUUACAAACGUUCACUAAGAGUUGUAGAUGAUCCGGACACAUUUGGAACAUUAUCUGCAGACCUCGAGAACGUUCUAGAGCAAGACACCACAACAGAUGUUGAAGAGGGUGGCAGAUUUGACAGUAUUAAAAUUAUUCCCCGGCGCAGAAGUCAGAAGUAUUACCUUAAUCUUAUACAGCAAUAUGUUGAGCAACGAAAUCUAAAAGAAGCCAUUAGUGUCUUGGAAACAAAAAUGUUGAAAGAAGAUAACGUCAAGCCUGAGUACUACAUUUACACUGUACUUAUUGCAGCUUGUGCACAUGCUGGUUAUUCGAAGAAAGCAUUUCAUCUGUAUAACCAAAUGAAAAAGCGGGGACUUAAGGUGACCGCCCCUGUGUAUACCUCUCUCUUCAAUGCAUGUGCAAAUAGCCCAUUCCCCAAAGACAGUCUGAAACGUGCAACUAACUUGCGCCAGUUGAUGCUAGAGAAGGGUGUCCAGCCAAAUAUCCUGAAUUAUCAUGCAAUGAUUAAAGCAUUUGGACGCUGCGGUGAUCUUAUCACAGCACUCAGUAUUUUUGAUGAAAUGACUGAUAAGCAGUACGCAGUAAAAGAAGACACUUUUAACAAUCUUCUCCAAGCUUGCAUUUCUGAUAAAAAUGCUGGAUUUCAUCAUGCCAUUUUGGUUUGGAGGAGACUCUUGCAUAUGAAGGUAAAGCCCAAUGUUGAAAGCUACAAUCUAAUGUUGCGUGCAGCGCGAGAUUGCAGCUUGGGGAACAAAGAUUCAGUUCAAAAAUUACUAGAAGAUAUUACACAAGAGGAAAGAUUAAACUCAUUUACUCCAAAGAAAUUGAUCGAAAAGUCAGGAGAAGUAAAAAUGAUUGGUAUUCCAUUGACAGAUGAAAAUGGCUCCAUAAGCACAGUAAGGUUGCCUGAAGUGUCUGCUACAAGAGGUGAAAGGACGAUAGAAAACAUUGAGCAUAGUCAUGUUGUUCAUGCCCCCAUAGCUGUUUCCAGUGAAGGGAAAGGAAACAUAGAAUUUAGUGGGGACAUAUGUUCCAAACAAGUUAAUCCAAAUCUUUUGGCAGCAAAACCUCAUUUAGGAAAUGUUAUUUCCCUCAAUGAAAUCACAAAACCUGAAGACAGACUGCUUCUCUUGGGAGGAUACAUAGGUGUUCUUGACCACAUGGAAUAUAUGAAUGUGACACCCAAUAUAAAGACAUUCACAUUAUUGUUAGACUGUACUCCACAGACACUUUCAGCAGAACAUGAGCUGAUGUCUGCCAUGAAAAAAAGUGGUAUUAAACCGGAUAUUGAUUUCUACAAUAUGUUAAUAAGAAGAAGAAAUGUGAGAGCUGACUACAAAGCUGGAAAAGAAGUCCUUACAAUUAUCCAACAGGAAAAAUUAAUUCCAAAUGUUAUGACCUUUGGGGUUUUAGCAAUUGGAUGUGAAAAUGAAGUGGAUGCCAAGGUACUUAUGGAGGACAUGGAGUCAGCAGGAUACAGGAUGAAUGCUGAGAUAAUGGGUGCCAUGUUACACAAUGCAUGUAUUAGACUCAACUUCAGUUACAUAAAUACUGUGUUGGAGAUUAUGAAAAAGAAAGACAUCAGUCCAAACCUCAAAUUCCUUGAAAAACUGGAGCUGUUUAACAUCAGAUGUGUAAAAUUAUUGAAAAACAAGACAAAAUUGGCACUUGUUGAAAAUAGAGCUGAGUUCGAAAACAACUUAAAAAAUUUCAUGAAGUAUUACAAUACUUGGAAGAAAAAUAUAGUACCUGAAGCAGAACAGCAUCCUUGGAGGCAGUACAGGAAUAACACUGUGUAACACAGAACAUCCACAUGAUAAUUCUAUUACCUAUCAUCAGUGUUAAUUGUAUUUUCAUAUAAAAUAAGUUCAGUUUAAUCAUAGAAGUAUUGCUGUCCUGUUGAAAUAAGUAACCAUCUGAAUAUGUACUCUAAUGUUAACCACUAUUUUUAAAACCAUCAGAGUAUCAAAUACAAAAGAGCAGAAAUUUUAUAGGACACAAAGGCACAA